CCGGGCCGGCCUAUCUGGCCCGGGUCCGGCCCGGGGCAGGUUUUCCUCGAGCCUGCCCGUUGCCCAGGCCAGCCCAGGCCAUGAAACCCGUUCUUAACCAAUGACCUUAGAAAGAGAAUAAUAAAAUCAGCCGAAUCCAAUCAAAUCAGGAGUAUUUUUGAAUCGGGCUACUAUGAAAAGAAUUUAUAGUUAUUUAACAACUCAAAGGGAAGUAUAAGAAAAUCAGAAUGGACACUAUCCAAUUAGAUGCAGUUAGUUGCGUUUGGAGUUUGAAACCGAACAGAGCUGGAACCCUCUCUCUCUCUGUCUGAGUUCGCGCGCUUCAGAAUUUAAUUGAAUCCAAGUGCAGCCUUGGCUAUGUAGCUUUGCUAUUCUUCCCAAUUGGCCAUAUGCGCGUGAUCCAUGGCACAGUUCAUGCAAAGAAGCCAACGUAGCCAUUCCGAAGUUGCUUACAGAUAUGCGUAGACGUCGAUGGAGUUGGUCUCCCGUUCUCGGCAUCUCUCACGGUUGCUCAUGCAAUGUGCAGAUAAGCAGAACGUCCUCGGAGGCCGAAUCAUUCAUGCCCACAUCGUCAAAAACGACUUUCAAUCCGAUAUCUUCCUGAGGAACAGCGUCGUCAAUAUGUACGCGAAAUGUGGUCGUCUUGAAGAAGCGAAAUUCGAGUUCAGUGGGAUCAAAGAAAGAGAUGUCGUCUCGUGGAAUUGCCUUAUUAAUGGUUUCUGCCAACAUGGGAGGGGAUUCGAAGUGCUGGGGUUCUUUCAUAGCAUGAGAAGAGAGGGGCUGCAUCCCAAUCCUUUCACUUUUGCUGGUGUAAUCACUUCUGCAGCUAAUGCAACCGCUGCCUGCGAAGGUAGGCAGGUCCAUUGCCUCGUUUUGAAGUCAGGUAAUUGGUUGGACGUGUUCGUUACGACUUCUUUAGUUAGUUUUUACUGUAAAUGCGCUUCGCUUUCUGACGCGCGAAAAGUAUUUGAUGAAAUGUUGGAGAGAAACUCCGUCUCGUGGGCAGCCAUGAUCUCUGGGUAUGCUGCCCAAAGGUGUGCUUGUGAGGCGCUUGAGUUGUUCUCAAUGAUGAGGGUAGAGGGUGCGGAAUUAAAUGAGUUUGUUUUUACGAGUGUGCUCAGUGCGUUUGCAGAACCCGAGUACAUGGAGGAUGGUCAGUUGGUUCAUACAAUUGCAAUAAAGACUGGUCUAGAAUCCCAUGUAUCGGUUGGAAAUGCUCUUGUCACCAUGUACUCGAAGUGUGGCAACUUGGAUGAUGCAAUUCGGGUGUUUGGAGGUUCCAACGACAGGAAUGCAAUCACCUGGUCUGCCAUGAUAACUGGGUUUGCGCAGGGUGGAAGCAAUAGUGAGGCUUUAAAAUUGUUUUCUAAGAUGCAUUUUUCAGGAAUCAAGCCCAGUGAAUUCACUUUGGUUGGUGUUCUCAAUGCUUGUAGCAAUAUGGCAGCUCUUGAGCAUGGUAAACAGAUUCAUGACUAUAUGUUAAAGUUAGGAUUUGCAUCUCAGGUCUAUGUGAGGAGUGCACUGAUUGAUAUGUAUGCAAAAUGUGGGAGUGUCAAUGAUGCUCGGAAGGAGUUUGAUCAAUUGAAAGAGCCAGAUAUAGUUUUGUGGACCUCGAUGAUUAGCGGAUAUGUACAAAAUGCAGAGGGCGAGGAGGCUCUUAACUUAUAUGGAAGAAUGGAGGCAGAGAAUAUUCGGCCCAAUGAGUUGACGCUGUCUAGUGUUAUCAAAGCCUGCUCUCUCCUUGCAGCACUGGAGCAGGGGAAGCAAAUGCAUGCCCGUACCAUGAAGUACGGGCUUGGUCUGCAGGUUCCAAUAGGUAGUGCUCUUUCAUCAAUGUAUGCAAAAUGUGGAGAUCUUGAAGAAGGUAUUCUUGUGUUUAGACGAAUCGCUGAGAGGGAUGUGGUCUCGUGGAAUGCCAUGAUAUCUGGGUUAUCUCAGAAUGGGCGUGGCAAGGAAGCAUUGCAACUAUUUGAAGAGAUGCAUUUAGAAGGCACAAAACCAGAUGAAAUCACCUUUGUCAAUCUUCUUUCUACAUGCAGUCAUAUAGGAAUGGUGGACAAGGGUUGGCACUAUUUUAAAUCUAUGCGCAAGGAUCAUGGAAUAGUACCAAGAGUGGAGCACUACGCCUGCAUGGUGGAUAUUCUCAGUCGUGCUGGUCAGCUUGAAGAAGCCAAGUCUUUCAUUGAAUCUGUGCCUGUGGAGCAUGGGAUGGCAUUAUGGAGGAUUUUGCUAGGAGCAUCUAGAAGCCACGGUAAUUUAAUUAUUGGAGCUUAUGCUGGAGAGAGGCUAAUGGAGUUGGGCUCACAAGAGUCAUCAGCUUAUGUUCUUUUGUCUAAUAUAUAUGCUUCAGCUGGAAGGUGGGAAGAUGUUGAGCGAGUGAGAAGUAUGAUGAGAUAUCGAGGAGUGAACAAGGAACCAGGUUGCAGUUGGAUUGAGAUCAAGAACCAAGUUCACGUGUUUGUUGUGAGGGACCAGCUACAUCCACAGAUUAAAGAAGUUUAUGCUGUGGUCAGAUCACUGUCUAAACAAAUGAGAGAUGAAGGAUAUCGACCCAAUACUAAUCUGCUUUUAUAUGGUUUUGAGCAUCAAAUGGAGGAUGAUUGAUGCAAGUGUGAGUUUGAUCAUAUGAAAACGUAGUUGUUCGGAGUUCUUUGCUCCUAAUGAAUACCUUUGCAAUAUUCCGGAAGCCAUUGAUGUGGGAGCUACCCGGUUGUAUAGUAUACUUGGAUUAUUUUCUGCAUAUAGUAUACUUCAAGACACUUUUCCAGAUUUAACACACAGAGAUGAUUGAUUCGUUGUGGAGUUCUAAUCACAUGAAAUUGAAUUUAUGGAAUUCUUUGCUCCAGUGGGUACCAUUUUAAAUAUUAUUUCGAAGGGAGAGUUUCUGAGAUCAGGAGUUUCAAACUUGUGCUAUUUAUUCAGAUUCUGCCAACCUAUGACCCUUUGACGCUUGGCCUUGGUUCAGGGUGUACCAGGAACCAAGACAUAACUUUAAUUUGGUUAUUUAUUCAUCAUAGAAAGUUUAUCCAGGGAAACUGUCUGCAUUUGAUUAAUUUUGAUGUCCCUGCAGAACGCCAUGGAGGACUAAUUCCUAGAACUGCAGUUGCAGCUGGUUAUUCAAGAUUCCAAUCAGAGGCAGUGUUGUGGGUUGAAAUGCAGAAUGAAGUUGUCAAUCCUGCUUUUGCUG